UUAAAAUAUUAAUUCACAAGUCUUUGUCAAAAUUCAAUAUUUUCCAGGUUCAUGAACCCUUUUUAUCUCAAUCUACUCUAUAAUAUCUCCCUAUAAAUUACAACAAAACCUCUUUAUUUUUCAUUCACACCGGACAUUUUGAAAUCUCAACAAGAACCAAACCAAACAACAAAAAAACAUUCUUAAUAAUUAUCUUUCUGUUAUGUCGAUGACGGCGGAUUCUCAAUCUGAUUAUGCUUUUCUUGAGUCCAUACGACGACACUUACUAGGAGAAUCGGAGCCGAUACUCAGUGAGUCGACAGCGAGUUCGGUUACUCAAUCUUGUGUAACCGGUCAGAGCAUUAAACCGGUGUACGGACGAAACCCUAGCUUUAGCAAACUGUAUCCUUGCUUCACCGAGAGCUGGGGAGAUUUGCCGUUGAAAGAAAACGAUUCUGAGGAUAUGUUAGUUUACGGUAUCCUCAACGACGCCUUUCACGGCGGUUGGGAGCCGUCUUCUUCGUCUUCCGACGAAGAUCGUAGCUCUUUCCCGAGUGUUAAGAUCGAGACUCCGGAGAGUUUCGCGGCGGUGGAUUCUGUUCCGGUCAAGAAGGAGAAGACGAGUCCUGUUUCGGCGGCGGUGACGGCGGCGAAGGGAAAGCAUUAUAGAGGAGUGAGACAAAGGCCGUGGGGGAAAUUUGCGGCGGAGAUUAGAGACCCGGCGAAGAACGGAGCUAGGGUUUGGUUAGGAACGUUUGAGACGGCGGAGGACGCGGCGUUGGCUUACGACAGAGCUGCUUUCAGGAUGCGUGGUUCCCGCGCUUUGUUGAAUUUUCCGUUGAGAGUUAAUUCAGGAGAACCCGACCCGGUUCGAAUCAAGUCCAAGAGAUCUUCUUUUUCUUCUUCUAACGAGAACGGAGCUCCGAAGAAGAGGAGAACGGUGGCCGCCGGUGGUGGAAUGGAUAAGGGAUUGACGGUGAAGUGCGAGGUUGUUGAAGUGGCACGUGGCGAUCGUUUAUUGGUUUUAUAAUUUUGAUUUUUCUUUGUUGGAUGAUUAUAUGAUUCUUCAAAAAAGAAGAACGUUAAUAAAAAAAUUCGUUUAUUAUUAUAUUUAACCUUCCAAUCAUUCCAUUUAUUAGUGGAAUCAAACUUUUUUCUAAAGAAAACUAUAACAUUCGUAGAAAACAAAUCAUAUUCCAAUUACAAGUGG